AUGGGUUUAUUUGGCAAAUCUCAAAACCACUCCCCAAAAGAAAUGGUAAACGAGUGGUCUCACAAACUUCGAAAAGAAGGAUAUAAUUUGGAUAGACAAAUUAGAGCAAUUCAAAGAGAAGAAGAAAAAAUAAAACGCUCACUUAAAGAAGCAGCUGCUAAGAAUGAUAAGCAAGUGUGUACAAUCCUGGCAAAAGAGAUUAUCAGAUCAAGGAAAGCAAUUAGUAAAAUUUACACAAGUAAGGCUCAUCUAAACUCAGUGCAAAUGCAAAUGAAAAAUCAAUUAGCUACUUUAAGGGUAGCUGGUUCUUUGCAGAAAUCGACAGAGGUAAUGCAAGCCAUGCAAGCUUUAGUGAGAUUACCUGAAGUAGCCCAAACCAUGCAAGAGAUGAGCAAAGAGAUGAUGCGUGCAGGCAUAAUAGAGGAAAUGUUAGAUGAAACCAUGUCUGCUGUUGAAGAUGAAGAGGAAAUGGAAGAGGCGGCGCAAAGCGAAGUCGAUAAAGCAAGCUCGGCGAAGCACCGGCGCCCCCAAGCGCUGUGGGCGCUCCCUCCACCAGCCGCGAGCCGGAAGCGGAGCCUGACGAGAGCGAACUCGACGAAAUGCAGUCCAGGCUUGAGGCUCUCCGUUCCUAGCUCUGACUUAACACAACUGCUGUCUCGAAGUUGGAAU